CUCACCGGUCACGCACUUUAUUAUAUUCUUAUCAAAACACAAAACACAAAACACCAAAACAACUGCCUUCAAGCUCCAUCUCUCAAUCUCUCUCUACCUAUCCACAACUUCACACACAAAUAUAGAAUCUCAUGAUAUUUAUCACACUAUGUUCAAAAAAGAAUAAGCAUCGAGGACUCUAGAGAGAGAGAGAUAGGGGUUUAGAGAGAGAGAGAGAGCGAAUGGGGACUGGUGUAUCCAAGAACACGGACUCCACCUCUCAUGGCAGCGAAGAGAGAGAAGACCAUGAAGGAGGACAACUCUUCGUCUCUAUCAAGAUGGAGAAUUACAAGCCCAAAGGCGAACUCAUCCCUCACGUCUACGGCUCUGUGCCCCUCGUCGGCUCUUGGGACUCCUCCAAAGCACUUUCACUGGAACGCGAAUCGGCGUCAAUGUGGGAAUUGAGUUUCGUUGUCCCUCCUAAUCACGAAACAUUGGAUUUCAAGUUCAUGUUGAAGCCCCAGUACAAUAAUGUGCCCUGUAUACUUGAGGAGGGACCGAACCGGCUCCUCACUGGGGGGACCUUGCAGCACGAGGAUGCAAGGCCGGCUCUGUUUAGGCUGAAUAGUGAAGACGUGCUUGAGUACAGGGUGCUCAUUAAAGCUGACAGGGUUUCGCCAUUUGAUCUAGCUGCUAGUUGGAGAGCUUAUCAGGACAAUUUGCAGCCUUCCACUGUCCGUGGUAUUCCUGAUGUUAGUAUAAAUUCGGUGCCAGAGCCAGGUGCUGAGCUUGGCUCUUCAGCAAGUUUGGAGCUUGAUCUUGAGCAUUAUGUUGUCCCAGCUCCAAUAACUUCUGCAAACUCUGGUCUGGUUUAUGCAGCUAACAUGACAGAGACUCCAAGGUCACUGAACCGUGCUGGGGUAUUCUCCAACACUGAUGGCUCAACUGGUGCUUCACAUUCCUACAAUGAUAGUGGUGUUCCCAUUGAUCGACCUGCGACUAUAAAGGAGAUGGAGAUCAUAGUUCCAGAUCCAUCUAAGGUGUAUUCAGGUUCUGGCAUGGUUGAAUCAAAAUCAGUGGGAACUUUUUCGCCUUUUCAAAAGCAAGAUAGUCAAAGAGGACUCUUUGUGGAUAGGGGCGUGGGAUCUCCUAGGCUUGCUAAAUCAGCCAGUGCAGCUACUUUCACUACGGAUCUCAAACUAGAUUCUGAACGCAAGAAUGCAAUGCCAGCAGCUGCUGGAGCUGUUGCAGCUGCAGCUGUAGCUGAUCAAAUGCUUGGACCAAAGGAGGAUAGCCAUCUGGCAAUUGUCCUGGUUGGCUUGCCAGCUCGAGGGAAGACUUUUACUGCUGCUAAACUUACGAGAUAUCUUCGCUGGUUGGGUCAUGAGACCAAACACUUCAAUGUUGGGAAGUAUCGGCGCCUCAAGCAUGGAGCUAACCAGACUGCUGAUUUUUUUAGAGGUGACAAUCCAGAAGGCAUAGAGGCACGCAAUGAGGUAGCUGCCCUAGCAAUGGAUGACAUGAUAGCUUGGAUGCAAGAAGGUGGUCAGGUUGGAAUUUUUGAUGCCACAAACAGUACUAGGAAAAGGAGGAACAUGCUUAUGAAAAUGGCUGAAGGAAAAUGCAAGAUUAUUUUUUUGGAAACACUAUGCAAUGAUAAGCAGAUUAUUGAAAGAAAUAUACGUCUUAAAAUUCAACAAAGCCCUGAUUACGCAGAAGAGCCAGAUUUUGAAGCUGGAUAUCAAGACUUCAAAAAUCGACUAGAUUAUUAUGAAAAGGUGUACGAGCCAGUAGAAGAGGGAUCUUAUAUCAAAAUGAUUGAUAUGGUCAGCGGCCAAGGUGGACAAAUACAAGUAAACAAUAUCAGCGGCUAUCUUCCAGGACGAAUUGUCUUUUUCUUGGUGAAUACACAUCUCACACCCCGUCCAAUUUUACUGACGAGGCAUGGAGAGAGUCGAGAUAACGUUAGAGGCAGAAUAGGGGGUGAUCCUGUCUUGAGUGAUACUGGAGAGGUUUAUGCAAAGAAACUUGCUAACUUUGUGGAAAAGCGACUGAAAACUGAACGUGCUGCUUCUAUAUGGACUAGCACAUUGCAGAGAACAAUUUUGACCGCCAAUACAAUUGUUGGAUUCCCUAAGAUACAAUGGCGUGCGCUUGAUGAGAUAAAUGCUGGAGUAUGUGAUGGAAUGACAUAUGAGGAAAUAAAGAAGAAUAUGCCCGAGGAAUACAACAGGUCGCGUAACAAGGACAAGUUGAGGUAUCGAUAUCCUCGUGGAGAAUCUUAUCUGGAUGUUAUCCAAAGGCUAGAGCCUGUAAUCAUUGAGCUUGAACGGCAGCGAGCACCUGUUGUGGUGAUAUCUCACCAGGCGGUUUUGAGAGCAUUAUAUGCUUAUUUUGCUGAUAGGCCUUUGCAAGAAAUUCCACAUAUUGAGAUGCCUCUUCACACAAUUAUAGAGAUACAAAUGGGAGUUACUGGUGUUCAAGAGAAACGAUACAAACUCAUGGACUGAAUUUUAGUCGGUUGAAUAUUUUGAUUGUAAGUUGCUAACUCAUAAGGCAAAGUAAUUUUAUCCAUUCAUCGACAAGAUGUAACAUAAACAAGAAAAUGCCACCUUGUAAGUACAAUAAUGAUUAAUCCAUUUCAUUUACUUUUUUUUCGGCUAA